AUGUUUCCCUACCGAAAUCGGCAAUGCUGCUGGGUCGUCCACAGAUUGAGGGUUCGCAGUCUGGCCAGCCCCAGCCGGGAGAUUGCCGCAUCAGAGACCACCCGGAGUUUGCUCAGUCAGAUCCAGGGCGAAGAGAACGUUUCCGGGGACGGCGUGUUGCAGUCGUGCACUGGCGGACUCUUACGGCUGUCCAUGCCGGGCAGCGUCUUCGUGGGUCAGGGCUUGCGCGUGGGAAGUGUGCCGGCCGUAGUGGUCCGCUUUGACCGCACGGGAGUGGUGGCCGCAGCACUUGAUGUAGCUGAAGCUGGUGCAUCCGUCAGCUCGUGUGGCAUGUUGACUUUGAAGCAAAGAGAUUGGCCGGCAGGGUUGUCCAAUUGUUCUCUUUCUGAAAUUGUGACGCCAUCUGGUGCUUCGACAGAGAGUUUACUCAAAUUACCUGCGUCUAGGGCUUCCAAGCGCCUACAGAUACAAAGACACUUACCGUCUGGAUUGGCAGCUGUAGAAGCGCUCCUUCCUCUUGGUGAGGGUCAGAGAUUGGGACUGGUGGGGCCCCCUGGAACUGGCAAAAGCACGGCACUCAGGAUGCUGGCGACAUCACAGGCGCCGGAGACUGCCGUGGUCUUUGUGGCGCACCGGCGACAUCAGAGUCGACUGGAGGCGGAGUUUGCAGAGCUCGGUGAUCGUUCAGCUCCAUUUGUGGCGUUAUCUGCUGAGCCAUCCUCCCCAGCCCCUGAGCGCUAUUUUCUGCUACUUGCUGCGCUGCGCCUGGCAGUUGAAUUGGGCAGCUCCCACCGCAACGUUGUGCUGGCUGUGGACGAUGCUGUGAGCUUCGCAGAGGCCGCUGCCGAGCUGAAGGUGCCGCCGAUGUCAGCAGCGCAGGUGGUGGCCUCUACCUUAGAGGCAGCUGGAAAUUGGACAUGCAGCGGGCACCAGCGUGCGCUUUCUGUGGCCAUUGCGCUGGACCUUGCACCAGGGGAUGAGUUGGCAACUGUCCCGAGAGAUUUGUGGCGUUCGACGGAGCCCUCUCUGGAUAUUUGUCUGAAUUUUCGUCAUGGGCUUGCCUCUAAAGGCGUUUAUCCAGCGAUUGACCUGGACGUGUUGAACACCACCUAUGCCGCCACCUUCCAGCUCCCGGUACUUCGCGUGCUUCGCGGGGAACUUCGAGGUCUGUUAAGGCGAAGCAACAGCCUGAAGGAAAAACUGGCUACCGGCAAAGAUUUGGGCUUUCAAGCAGAGGUUGAGGAUGUUGACUCCCUUGGCAGUGAUACAGUUGCCCGAGCUUUGUUGACACAGUCGAAACUGUGUUCAAUGCGAGAGGUGGUGGUGCUCGCAUGUGCCAGUGUGGUCUUCUACUUCCCGCGUCAGAGACCAUCCAGGUCAGAAGUUGCUGCCUUCCAAGCGGAAGUUGUUGACCUGAUAAGGUCCUACUAUCCCAGCAUUUGGGAAGCUCAUCAUUUGAUUCAAGGAUCUCUUUCCCAAGCAAUUUCCUAUGCUCCAACUGCAGUGUCCUCUCAACCAGAUCGGGGGGAUCUGUCAGCCAUCGAUGGUGCUGUUGAAGUGAUCUUUUUUGACUUUGAUGGCACCUUGACUGAGACCCCGGGCACGAGAGCUUCACAUGCCAGCAAGAUGGCUGAACUCAUGGGGAGGACCCCGCUGCUACGACCUCGGCUGCAACGGCUCCGAGAGGCAGAAAUUAUGCUGGGCGUAGUCUCGAAGAGCACGGAGCAAACGGUGUCCACUGCUCUCCAAGAGACAGGGCUCAUGGAAUUUUUCAACGGACCCAUUGUCGGAAAGGCUGCACAGUUAGAUGGCAAAGCUGGAAUAAUCCAAGCCCUGUUUGAAGAGGGUGGCACUCUUGCUCAUUUAGGCUCUGAGGCUUGGGAAAAGGCGCUGCUGAUCGACGAUGACAUCUCGGAGCUUGUUUGGGCUCGUGACAUCGGCAUGCAGACCUUCGCAGCUCCAGCGCAGGGGGGCUUACAAGCAGAUGACUUCCAAGAGCUCUUCCGAUCCUUGGGCUUAGAAGGGGAGCAGUCACAGGAGGAUCCAUCGAUGGAUCCAAUGACUCCAUUGGCGCAGCCCCGCACGGGCCGUCGCGGCAGACCACCGGUACGGCUGGAAGAGAUCACCCUCGAGGACGAGUGCAUUCGCAGCCUUUGGACUCAGGGCCUUGUUGGACAGAAAUUGGGCUUGCAGACGGAUGUGGCACAGAAGCAGUACAGCAAGGCAGGUGUGAUGGCUGACACCAAGGAGGAAUCCGCUCCAAAGAUUGUUGACUACUAUGAUGUGACGGAGGAACUUGGACAAGGCUCUUUUGGAACUGCCUAUGUUGGCCACUACCGCUCCAGUGGCAUGCAAUGUGCUGUGAAGCUGCUUGACAGAGAGCACGUUGGACAGCACUAUCACAAAAACUUUGUGGAGCGUGACACUAUAUCGCUUCUUCUUCAGAUGGCCAGAGAGUCUCCCAACCCACAUGUGGUACAACUCCUGGACUCACUCAUGAGCGAUGCGCAUUUCUUUGUUGUCAUGGAACUACUUGAAGGGCCAGACCUGUUCGAGCACCUGACGAGCUACGGCCCGGGCGUCUCUUUGACAGAAGAACAUGCCCGGUUUAUCAUGCAGAAUUCGCUGUCGGCUCUAGCUCACAUCCACUCAACCUGUGGCGUGGGCAUAAUUCACCGUGAUGUGAAGCCGGAGAAUCUACGUUUUCGGAGCAAAGAUCCAGAUUCUGAAUUGGUUCUGGUUGAUUUUGGGCUGUGUUGCCCUGCAUCUGACGCGGAGCGGAGAACCAUUGUCGGUUCCUUGCUGUAUGUGGCUCCGGAGGUCUUCUCCCGACGUUAUGAUGCCAAGGCUGACCUAUGGUCGAUUGGUGUAGUCAUGUACAUUCUCCUCACCGGCCGUCCGCCCUGGAAGCAGAAUCUCAACGUGGGCUUUGUGCCCAGCAAAAAGGUUUUGAAUGGUGAAGCUGCCCAAGCUGCCUUGAAUGCCAAGGAACUGGAAGAGACACCAGCGGCCUUAGAGUUGCUGAGAGGGCUUCUCGUCACCAAUCCAGAGAGCCGUCUCAGCGCAAAAGCAGCGCUCCAGUGUCGUUGGCUUGGCACAAGUCCAGCCGCAAUAGAGCAAGAAGCUUCACCAAAGCUUUUGUCUGCAAACAGCUUGUCAUUCUGCUCUACUUCGAAAUAUAGCCACCGCACACCAAAGAAGGUCGCUCAGGCGGAUGACGACCCGGAAGAGGAUGAGAUCCAGGACAAGGCCCCAGAAUACGAGCUGCCGGAGCCUCUAGAAACCCAGGCCACCGAUGAGCCGGGAUUUCAAUUGCGCGGAAAACAUGAUGGCAAAAAACGGGAAGAGUCCUAG